AUGAAUGUAAUUCUUCUAGAGUUUAAAAAAGAUCGGAAGACUCCGGUAGAUUGGUCUGUCAUAGACUACAGUGACUAUGACAACGAAGAAGAGGAAUAUCUUUCCGAUGAUUAUUAUGCAUCAGAACAAAUCACAUCAAACAGUAAUCGGCGUCCUACCAUCAAAACGAAAUCACUUGUUGUUCCAAAAACUUUGCCUGAACAGUCAAAUUCCGUACAUGUUGAUGAGAAGUAUCUUGAUAGCCGUAAAGCACCAAAUCGAAUCUACAAGAUCUUUUCCGAAAUUAAGCCUAGAACUGAAGUGAUGAAAAUUUUAAAAGAAAUCCAAGAUGAAGAAGAUCGUCUUCUUCAACUGACGGAUAAAGAUGGAACCGCGACGACAUCGCAAAUGCUUAGUUCUUCUCCUCGGCAAGUCAUUGGAGAACAUUUCAAACAAGAUGAAAAGCAAGUAUUAACAUAUUUACAAACAUCAGCCCUUAAAAGAUUUCAAUAUGGCAUCUUAUUAUUCAAUUCAGAAAGACAGAUAUUCAUAAUCCAAAAUCAUCAGGGUAUUUGGAACCCUCCCAUUGGUCACAGGAGAAUCAAUAAUAAUUAUCAAUUAGAAACAAUCAAUGAAACAGUUUUUCGCGUGUUCAACACACUAAUUUGCGCGAAAAAUCAACUUACCGAUGAAACAUUUCAUUUUGAUGAUCUCCACGACAAUCAACACACGGAUUUUCAUAAAUAUAUCGAAAAACGAUUGAACCACAAUACUGUACAAAAUGACUCUAUCGAACAAGUCGGAUUAUUUAUCAGUCUAUUUGAUGAUCCCAUACUUGAAUUUGAAUUACGUGAUACACGUGAAAAUCAAACAUGUCAAUGGGUCUCAAUCGAUGAUCUACUCAAACAUAAUCAAAACCUGCAAUGCGAUCUCAUCCAACCGUUCGCAGAAUAUAUUGAAUCUCGAAUGUUUGAUUUGACUAAACAAUUUCAACAUUCGAUGAAUUUCGACAACGACGUUCAACAAAAACCUCUGGAAGAUGUUGCGGCGAACCAAACUAUAAACACACCGUGCCCUUCUCCCCUAACUAAACCAAAAAGAUGUCUACCGAUUAGCGAUGAUAUUUUCAAUCGUGCUUCCCAAUGUAUUACAUUUGAAAGCGAUGACAGCGUAGUUGCAGUUCAAUACAACAACUAUAAGCCGAAGAUUCUUGCUUCAUUCAGUAUUACGCAGUCUCUUCCUGCUGAUCAUGUGAAUAUUGGUCAGUAUAAUCAAUGCAUUUCAUAUAGACUUCGAAUUCCAUGUUACGAUCAGCCACAGGUGAAUUCAACCUUUCCACGUCAAGUACGCAAAGCAUUUAUCCCUCAACCGGAAAAGACUUCGAUUCUUCCAAUCCUCAUCGCUGCACACUGUCAUAGAGUCGAUAUUCAUAAAUAUGACGUAAUAAGCGAAAGGAAUUCCUUGAUGAAAAUCGCCUUGAAUGAGGCAAAAUAUGUGGUGGGCGUGAAAAAAAUCGACCAAACGUUAUUUAUCAGACGCCACGAUAAGCGAUCCAUCGACUUCAACUCCACUGAAUUUCGAUUUGAACGGAUGUGCUCACAUGAACACCAUCAACAUCUCAGAUUUAAACGAUUAAUUGAAGGACAAAUUGGUGAUUUUGCAACACUGAUCACAGCACAAGCCGAUGCAAUUCAUAGGCAAACGGGUCAAGCGAUCAAACUGAAAAGCCGAACGAAUGGGAACGAUAUCGGCAAUCGAGCAGAUUGUUGGCUACAAGCAUUUCUUGGUAGCGCACAGUCAGUGGUUGUGGGUUAUUGUACAACCGAAGAACCGCCACGACUCAGACGUAUUCGUGAAUACCCUACUCCAAACAUUAUUGAAGAUGGUGUCAAAGGCCAAAUUUUUGCACAUCUUCAUCAAGUAUUACAUUUUCUUCAUAAAAACAGUGGCUCAUCAAGAUGA